AUGGAGUCUGUGGAUCUUGUCGUGGUAGGCGCAGGUUGGAGCGGACUGUCCGCUGUCAAGACCUAUCGUGAGGUCAACCCUGAUCAUGAUGUGCUCUUGCUGGAGGCUGCAAGCUCCGUUGGUGGAGUUUGGGCUAAGCACCGGUUGUACAAAGGCCUCAAGUCAAACAAUAUGCUAGGGACGUAUGAGUAUAGCGACUUUCCGAUGGACGAAGCGAGGUUCGGGGUCAAGCCUGGGCAGCAUAUUCCGGGCCAUGUGAUCCAACAAUACAUGGAGGCCUAUGCCGAGCAUUUCGGUUUCACAAAUCUCAUUCGGCUGAAUCACCAUGUGGAGAGCGCGACACACAAUCUGGAUGGAACAUGGGAACUCAGCGUGUCGCACGGAGAUAAUUCGACAAUUAUUGCGACCAAGAAAAUGAUUGUGGCCACUGGAAUCACGUCACAGGCAUACCUACCUACUUUCGAAGGCCAAGAGUCUUUUGGUGCGCCAUUUUUCCAUUGUCGCGACCUGCUGCAAUAUCAAGGUGCGGUAUUGCAGCCGGGACAGCGUGCGACCGUUUUUGGCGGGACUAAGUCGGCUUGGGAUGCAGCUUAUGCAUGCGCAACGUCGGGUAUGAAAGUCGACUGGGUCAUUCGGGAGUCCGGCCAUGGCCCCAUUUGGAUGGCGCCACCCUACGUGACGCCCCUUAAGAAGUGGCUCGAAAAGCUGGUAACCACCCGCUUGCUGACCUGGUUUAGCCCAUGUAUCUGGGGCGAUGCCGAUGGCUUCAGCGGCGUUCGAAGCUUUUUACAUGGUACCUGGCUUGGUCGCAAGAUUGUGGACGCGUUCUGGGGCAUCCUGGGCGACGAUGUUGUCCAGCUAAACGGCUAUAACAAGCACCCGGAGAUGAAGAAACUGAAGCCGUGGGUGAGCCCAUUCUGGAUUGCUUCCUCACUCAGCAUCCUUAACUAUCCAACCAAUUUCUUCGAUCUGAUCAAGGAUGGUACUAUUAAAGUACACAUCGCUGAUCUAGAUCGUCUCUCGGACCACACUGUCCAUCUGUCAACUGGGGAGGCACUGCCAACAUCAGCGCUAAUCUGCUCCACGGGCUGGCGUUGCACUCCCAACCUCAAAUUCCUGCCUGAAGGCAUUGACCGCGAGUUGGGAUUCCCUUGGAGUACGGAUCCUCUGAGUAAGGAGAUGGUCGAGGCGGCGGACAAAGAGAUCCUGCACCGGUUCCCCCGACUGCGUGAUCAACCACGCCCAAACCCUCGCUUCAAGCCACUGAACGCUGAAUCCGAGGCCGCUGCGCCCCAUCCUUUCCGCCUGGCGAAGUUCAUGGUGCCGCUUUCCCUGGUGAAGGAGCGCUCCCUGGCAUUCAUGGGUGUCACUAUGACCAUCAACACAACCCUGAUUGCUCAGACACAGGCGCUGUGGAUCUCAGCUUAUUUCCGUGGUGAUCUGACGCCUAGUACACAUGAGCGCUGCCCACCUGCUGUGCGUGCUGCAUCGGACCUCAAGAGCGAAGACACCUCAGAGGACGACCUUGCCUGGGAGACAGCCCUCCAUACAGAGUUCGGCCGAUACCGUUACCCAGCAGGAUUCGGGCGACGGAACCCGGACUUUGUGUUCGAUGCAAUUCCCUAUAUUGACUUUAUGCUCCGGGAGUUGGGUCUCUCACCGAAGCGCAAGCAGGGCUUGCUGACACGGUGCCUCCAGCCAUAUGGUACUGAGGAUUAUCGGGGUCUGGUCGAUGAAUGGAAGGCCAAGCAACUCACUUUAUAA